AUGAACCCGUGCGAGGCAUCGGAUGGGCCGCCCGGAGGGCCCGGAGUGAAGAAGGCAAGGCUCGAGUCCUCGGUUGUGAAAGUUGCUGGCAGAAAGCUUCGUGCUGGAACAGUUCCCUGGCGAUGGACUGCUGGAAGUUCUGUUCAGGUUCUACUUAUCGAGGGCAUAAACACACCAGGCAAAUGGACUUUCCCGGCAGGUUCCCUGGAUCCCGGUGAGGAGGUAGCGAGUUGUGCUGCCCGCGAGACGCAGGAAGAAUGUGGAGCCAGUGGGACUUUGGGAUGCUUUCUCGGAACCUUUGACACGGAGAAAAACCGGUCAUACAUGUUUUCGAUGUAUGUGCAACAUUUGGAGGAUGACGGCAAUGAAGCUUGGCAUGAUCCACAUUCCGCGUACGACACCAGUCUGAGACGUCGCAGAUGGUUGGAUGUCGAGGCUGCGAGGCCCCUGCUGAAGAAAGAUGGGCCACAGGUCUUGGAAGCUUUUUUGUCCAUUCCAGAAGGCAGGCGUCAGGAUGCCCGUUAUAGAGCGCUUCACAAGCACUCAGAGCAAUCGCGGUUUCUUGUGAUGGGAGCCCCAGGCACCCUCCGAGACCACUGCGCGCAGUGGGGGUCCAUUUUAGAAGUGCCUUCAUCUUCGGACUCUCUCACCGAAUCUCAAUUAUUUGCAGCCGUUGCCGCCGCCCUGUGGGAAGCUGACGCAGCAGUUCUGUGUGGUGGAGCCGACAUGUUCUACAUGGCUGGCAUCUCAGCCAGGCAGGACAUACCGGUACUUCUCAUCACUGGAGAGAAUGUGCCUGACCUGCUCUCUGGAGACUCAAGAAUUGCAUCCUUUGUGCUCGAAAGCGAGAGCAUCUUACUACAUUUUGGCAACAUUCCAGUUGUUCCUGUCACGGCCAUUGCUUUCUGGGAAGGACUGGCUAGGCUUGACUUCGCUGUCACUCGGCCUGUCAAGGUGAGCGGCGAUGCACGAGGACCUCCCGACACCAAAAUCCGGAGAGCCCAGAGCUGUGUGCUGCAGUCGGACAGCAGCGAAGUCAAGGAUUGUGUAGGAACUUGCUGUUUCAAGCGCUUUGCCAGCCGUGGGCUACUGGCAUCCUCUGUGUGGGUGCCAAGGCAAUGGCUUGCAUUGCUGCUGGACCAAUGUGCAAGCGCCGCUGUGGUUUUUCAUCUCAUGGCUUGUCCAGACACUGUUAUCGUCAAUUUGACGGCAGUGGCGAGCGUGCUUUUUUACAGAGAGGUUUUUCCAGAUCUUCACAUGAACCUUACGUGGACCGUAGUCGGUUUCGCACUGGUCUUCCCGUUGCAGACCGCUAUCAGGGAAGCUUUCAAGCGAAGAGAGCAAGCGCUCAUGGCCAUCAGCGACUUCCGAGCGACGUUGAUGAAUGUUUACUUGGCCAACCAGAUUUGGGACUGGCCCGGCGCUGAUGCCUGGUGCGGCAGAGCCGAAGACAACGUGCCCAAAGAACAAGGUGGUCAUGGAAAAAAGAAGGGGUCUUUCAAAGAUACGCCCCUCCAUCCCCGGCAUGGACCACGGGUUUUCAAUCUUCUCAUCAGGCUGGUCGAAGCCAUGCAGGAACUCUUGCUGGUACCGCGUCGUGGACGAAGUCGCCAGGAAUUCUUCACAUGCGUUUCUCCCGAGAAAGAGAUGGUGGAGGACGCCGAGCUGAAGGGUCGCUCUGCAGUGUUGAAGUUGCUCGGCCGCCUACAUAGAGCCACGGAGGAGCUAAAGGCCGCAGGCAUGCCGGCAAAUGAGGCGAGCCGGAUCAAUCAGUACAACAUGUUCUUGUGUCGGGACUUCGAGCGAUUGUGGAGUUUCAAAACGUACCGCACCCCGACAACACUCAGAUCAGUUUGCCGUGUAAGCAUUCAAGUGUUUCCCUUUUUCUUCGGGCCAUAUUAUCUGCAUCUCAUUAAGACCUACAGUCCAGACUCUGACGUGACGGAUUCAAUCUUGCGGCACCGUUUCAUUUUUGCUUGUUUGUUUUCUUGUCUGACCUCAACUACGCUUGUUGCCCUUCUCAAUGUCGCCGUUGCCCUGGAAAAUCCGUUCAGGCCUGGCUCUACCGAUACAAUUCGUGUGCAAGAGGAGUUCCAGCUCUGUCGAGAGGCACUUCAAGAGGCGAUGCAGGAUCAGGAGGAAUCAUGGCACGAGCGCCUCGACUUCGAGUGGGAGGUGUUGCGUUCUCCUGGUGAUGACGGAAGCACCAGUGACGGAGACGCUUGCCGGACGCUAGAACUCUGGCGAGGCUGUAGUCGUGAUCCGCAGCGGCUGGACGGACGAUGCUGGACUCGACGCGUGAAAGAAGCAGGAACGAAAAGGGCCGAAGGGCAAUAUGCCGCGAUGCAUUAUUGA